AUUAUGAAAUCCCCGAGAGAAAGCUUUUCACAGCCUUGUUAGCAAUGCAACACAGCCAUCACAUCAUUCCCUCAGCUCCUCUCUCAGAACUCAAAGCCUUAAAUCACAAGACUAAUCCUUGUGAACAGUAUUUUUAACUUGGGUUUGGACAGAAAGAACAGCAAUAGGAUUAGAGAAUCAGUGAAGAGGCUGAAACCCUAACUCAUGCAGUUGAUCUUCUUCCACGCUGAGAGACAAGCACGGGACUUCUUUCUUUAUUUUAUUUCAAUCUGAAACCAGGAUUUUUCAUAGGACUACAUCUUUACUUGAAUGGAGAUCUUGUGGAAUAUUGUUGUUUUUUUUCUGACUUGAUCUGAACUCUGCACCCAACAGUUUUCUUGAUUUUCUUCUAAGGAGCUAUUACCAUGGAGAAUAUAAAGCCAAAGUUGAAAGUGCUGAAAAAGCGACGCUCCAGUCUUUUUGCGACCAUUAAACGGGAAAUUAGUUUUUCACAAAGCAUUGAAGAUCAAGAGAGUGAAUUCCCUUUUUCACAGGACAGCUCUGUGAAACCAUGGACGUCUAUGGACAACCUUGAUGCUCCUGAUGAGAAAAAAAGUACAACAAAAGCUCAGAAAAGAGAUGCACCAAAUCCAAGGCAAUCAAACAUUGUCAACCUCAAUGUGGGCGGAAAGGUGUUUCAUAUCCCGAAACAUUUGGUCCUUCGACACCCAAAAACCAGGAUUGGUAUCCUUGCCCUCUGUGAUGAUCCAGUCAAGCGUCUGACGCUCUGUGAUGAUUACAAUGUUCAGAACAAUGAAUUCUUUUUUGACAGGGACCCCAUGUUUUUCCACUACAUAUUCCACUUUUAUUGCAGUAAUGUCCUGUGGGUGAUGGAUAGUCUUUGCCCUGUCAACUUUGAGGAAGAGAUGUCAUUUUGGGGGUUGAAGCUGAAGGACACUCCAAGGUGCUGCCGUAUUCUGUUUGAGGAGAAACUGGAUGACAUCAGAGACCAACUGAAGGUCAACAAGGAGCUGAUUGAUGAGAUUAAACCUCACCAGGAUGACGAGGGAUACCAGACCAUGUUUCUUGGAAACUUUCGGAAGGCCCUGUGGGACUUGAUGGAGAAUCCCUACUCUUCGCUGUCAGCCAAAGCUUUUGCUGUGUUUUCCAGUCUCUUUGUGCUUAUCUCUAUUGUUUCUAUGACAAUGAAUACAGUGAAAGAACUCAGGGAGUACAAACUCGCGGGCAAAACCUACAUGGAGUGGGUAGAGAUUAGCUCCAUCCUUUUCUUCACCUUGGAGUAUUUUUUGCGGCUGGUCACCACAUCAAACAUCAAACAUUUUGUGAAGAGUGCCCUCAACUUUGUUGAUGUGGUGGCAGUUAUGCCCUACUUCAUCCAGAUCCUUUUUGAGGCAUUUGUUAUAGAUUCAGAAGAUGUCAGUGCACAGGAAGAUUUGAAGGCCAUGGCAAGAGUUAGUAAAGUCAGCAAGGUACUCAAGGUUGUCAAGCUGAUGCGCAUCUUCCGAAUCUUGAAGCUUGCCCGUCAUUCAACAGGCAUGAGAGCAUUUGGUUUCACCAUCCGCCAGUGCUCUGAGCAAGUAUGCUGUCUUUUUCUAUUCAUUGCCAUGGGCAUCUUCACCUUCUCUGCUCUGAUGCACUCUGUGGAGGUGGAUCAGCCCGGGACACCAUUCAGCAGCAUACCAGAUGCCUGGUGGUGGGCAGCGGUGAGCAUCUCUACUGUUGGCUAUGGAGAUGUUGUCCCUAUCUCCUAUCUUGGCCGCUGUGUGGCAUUUGGCUGCAUCUCAUUUGGCAUCAUCCUCAAUGGCAUGCCUAUUUCCAUUCUGUUCAACAAGUUCUCCGACUACUACGCCAAGCUGAAGGAACAGGAAUACCAAUUUUCAAACACAGAACGCACCUUCCAGCUCAGGAAACGUCUGAGGCGCAAGUUUGAUAAAUGCUUUGAACCCCAGCCGGAGGACUCCGAUGAUGAGAUCCACUAUCGGCCCAGUGGGAUGCAAACCAUCCAUGAGAUCGAGGAUUGAGAGAAGCUGCCUGGUCAAAAACUUGCUAACCCUAAAUGGCCUUACCACCCAUGGGUCUAGAAAGUGCAAGACCCCAUCUGCCUCCCACUCUGAGCCUGUGUGAUUCAAGAUAAACAAUCUAAGGGUGGGGAAAUGGAGGCAGCAGCUGAGAUAAGCUUUAAGCCUUGGCUUUACAGUAGGUGCUGUUUGCAUGCUAUGGGUGAUGACUCCUCUGUCAUCGACAAGAUUCUCCUGCUGGACAGCUUGUUAUCUAUUUCCAAGAAUAGCUGCAACUAAUUGAACGACUAACUGAAAUAGAUGUUUGACACAAAGAGGUCAAGUAGUAACAUUAUUAACAAAACAAUGUUACACUGAUCACUCUGAAGGGAGCAGGAUGCUGUGAAGAACUCUUUUUAUUGGAAGUGCUAUUAAUGAACGAACGUGGACAUCUGCAUAGUCUUACAUUUUACUUUCCAUUUCUUAUUCUCCUUUGGCCAAUAGCUGGUCAAACAUCAUGUUGGACUGUAGUCAUUGUCUUCCACUUUUUCAAUGUACAACCAGUGCAAACCUCUCAGAUUUACCCUACAUGCACCAGAGAAAAAUUCAGCGUCAUCACUGCAAAGCUCUUCCAUGUGCCAUGCAUCAUGCAUUAGCAAAGUGGCAUUCUUUUGAAAAGCACACCUUUUUUUCUGUCAAGUCACUCUGCAUCUCAACUGUACCUAAGUGGGAGGAGAAGCCCAGCGGGUGUGUGUCAGUAGCGAUCAAGAGCAUGAGAGUAAUUUUGUUGUCAAGGAUUACCAGGAUUUGCACUUGCACCUCCUGCCUGGUCAGACAAGGGCAAAAGUCAAUCAUGUCCUGGGCUAUUUUGGUCCGCACAGAGAAUCUGAUCAGGUGCACACAGUUGGGUCCUAUUUAAGUGAUUACAAGCCACUUUAAUGAAUGAUAGUCUCUUGAGCAGGAAAAUUGAUAUGAGAGACAAUGGUGAUUAUAACCCUGCAGGGAGUGAGAACUGAGCUCCAUGUUCUUGGACUGUAGAAGUCAGGAUCAAGCGUGGCCCAGUCCUGUUGUAUAAACUGUCCCUGCACUGUGCUACUAGCUGUGUUAAGGUCUUUGCCUAAGAUCAUUAAACCAGUUCCUGCCCUGACUUGACACCAGUUCAGACCAAAGGUACAGUAAGCAAAUGUAUUAUGUCUUCCCAGACAUUUGUUGUUAUGACUACUAACUUAAUGCUUUGGACAAAGACAGUAGUCUUUGUUUCAAAAAAAAAAAAAAAAAAAAAAAAAAAAAAAGAUUUAAUAGUAAGUCUGCUCAAGACUGUUUGGUCCUCUGUUUAGUGCACUGGUUUUAAAAGAAUGAAUUUGUAAUGGUUGUGACUUGUCUCAGCCCCUUCCACACCCACUGAGGGUGUGACCCUCUUUUCAACUGUGCUGAAGAUGUGUUUUGCCUCUGGUCAUGACAAAACAGCUCCUCUGAAUUACAAAAGGAGAGCACUAUUAGACAGUAUUAGACCCUAAUUCCACCUAUGUGAAACAUAAUUAGGGACAGUAUUGUAUGUCCAAUGAAUUAUUGAAUGAAUUUUCAGUAUAUCAUAAUGAGUGCUUCCUUGUUUUCAUUUGAGUUUUCUGCAAGUAUGGAAAUUGUGGCUGAGGUUUAACAAUUUUUCCAUUAAUGGCAGAUGUAACAAUUAGUGACAAUUUCUGUUUACAUUUGACUGACGCUGACACAGCAGAAGCCUAAAGAUUUCAAAGGUUUUCAUCAGAAUCACUGAGUGACAUCUGUCGAUCAGUUUUAUGAACAGUUGCAGCUGUAUGAAGGUGAUAAAAUUGUAUUGGUUAUGAAAGUGCAAACAAAAGGUGACAA